AUGCAGCCAACCUCGCGUCCUGCCUCCACCUCAACGCGUCCUGUAGCCUCUCCCAGACCACCAAUCCAAUAUGUAAAUACCCAGACAAAGGUCCUCGAUACCGUCCAUGGUCGUAUUCUUUGUAUUGCCGACAUCCGUGGCCGUCUCUCAGCACUCAAUGAACUCGCAAGAGAGGCCAACGCAAAGGCUGUAAUUCACACCGGAGACUUUGGCUUUUUUGAAAGUCACAGUCUAGACAGAAUUAACGACCGCACCCUUCGACACCUCACAAUGUACUCGCCCCUCAUUCCAACCGCACAGCGUACACACUUAUUGGCCGCAGAUAACACACCCGCCUCUAUUCGUACCACCGUCAACGUUUCUCUCCUAUCAGAAUUCCCCCUACUUCUCUCCGGUCAAAUCAAGCUUCAGGUCCCCGUAUAUACUGUCUGGGGAGCUUGCGAGGAUGUUUCCAUUCUCGAGAAAUUCCGUGCCGGUACCUACGCCGUCGACAAUCUUCACGUACUGGACGAGGCUACUACUCGCUGCCUCGACGUUGGUGGCGUCAAAUUACGUCUACUUGGGUUAGGGGGCGCUUUGGUGCCCCAUAAGAUGUUCGACAAUGGUGAUGGAGCUGCCACUAUCGCUGGUGGACAAGGCACAAUGUGGACGACGGCGCUUCAAAUCGGUGAACUCGUCGACACCGCUCAGCGGGUGUAUGACCCAUCAGAAACUCGCUUACUCGUCACGCACGCCAGCCCUGGACGUGAGGGCAUAAUCGCGCAACUCGCCCUUCUGUUGAAAGCAGACCUUACCAUCUCCGCCGGCCUCCACUUCCGAUACGCAAGCUCAUACAACGAAUUCAGUGUUCAAGGUGACUUUGAGGGAUUCAGGCACAAACUUACGGUCGGUAAAGAUGGCUUCGACAAAGUCUGGGAGAACGUAAAAACCCAAGUUGAUGCAGUCAUCGAUGAUAAUCAGCGAGUUCUUCUGGACAAAGCGCUCUCUGUCCUCGAGCGUCUACCCCCUGCCCCUGGACAGGCUGGCGCCAAUGCAACAGCAUCUACCGAGGAACCAGCUUGGAAGAACUGCUGGAAUUGGAACCUCUGUGAUGCCGCGUAUGGUUCACUCGUCCUUGAUAUCAAGGAAGGACGAGUGAGCGCAGAAUUGAAGAGCCAAGGUUUCAACUAUGCAUACCGCCGUACAGCCACCCCUAGCACCACUGCUCCUACACCCAAAUCCGCUACCACUUCUCUACCCUCGAAUCCCGCCACAAACCCGCCGACGAAGGGAUCGACGCCUGUUGCAUCCGAGAAGCCCCUUCCACCUCAUCUUGCAAAGGAAGUAAAAUCGUCUGGCUCCACACCUCCACCCGCAUCAUCAGGCAAGGUCACCCCCAAGGAAACAGCCCCUUCAUCCGGUCAAACCUCCGUAAAGACGAAUGGUACUCCCACCGCACCCUUGUCGGAGAAGGCUGAGAAGGAAAAGCCAAAGAGAAAGGACAAGAAGGAGAAAAAGGAGAAGGAGCCUGUUGAAAAGAAGCCUAAGGAGAAGGAAAGCCAGCAGGGUGCGGAGGAAAAGAAAGAAAGUCCUGUCCGUCCGAGUGUGGAGACACAGCCGCAACAAGGUCCAAAAUCAGACAAGGCAGCGACAAACAGCAAAGCUCCUGCGCCUUCAUCGUCUGAGCCAGCGAAAGCUGCUACGCCUGAUGCAGAUGCAAACUCUGGCCUGAAAUCGCCGGCCACCGAGAGCAGUGCUGGUGUGAGGACUCCGACGACCAGGCGGCCACCGAGAAAUCCCUGGACCCUGUUUAUACGCAUGCAAGUUCUCGCCAAUGAGACAGAACUACGAGAGUUCUUUGGAGAGGCAAAGUCUGGGAUUACUCGAGUAAAUAUCCCUCAGCCAAUGUAUCAAAAUCGGAAUCAAAGGGUGGCCUAUGUUGAGUUCGGGGACGAAGAGGCUAUGAAAGCAGGGCUAGAGAAGCACGCUGAAAAACUGAAGGAUGCCGUUCCUGAGGUCAAGCAAGCCAUUGACAAGGAAGAUCGACAAGACCGGGGUGGAUAUAGAGGUGGAUUCAGAGGUCGAGGUGGUCGUGGGCACGGGUUUGCUGCCAGAGGAUUUGCCGCUGCAGGUUUGACGAGAGGGCGUGCAAACGGGGAAGCACCGAAUUCUGCUGCCCCAGACCAUGCAAAAAGCGGAGGAGAUGGGGCGUAAGGUAGGGUCUACGAGUGGAAACGCAUUUUACGACUUGUUUUUUACGAAUCAUUUUCCCCGAUAAUGUCUUUCCUUUUUUUUUUUUUGAAAACUUUUGGAUCCUUAUAAUUUUGUUAUAUGCCACGUCUUUGAGAUAUGCUGAUUGAUUCUUGAGUGCACUUUAUGUCUGAGUACC